CCACACACACAUUUCGCUUGAAAUUCGCCGUGUAAGGCGGUUUUUUGGUGGGCGCUGAACUUUUCGACGACUCUCACGACUCCAAAAGCCCCUCCCCAUCUUUUGUAUCUUUCCCUUCUCACCCACCAAGGAAGACUACGCAAUCCGACAAGAUGGCUCCUAACAACCUGCCCGCUAUUUUCAACGCCACCAGCCAGGACAUUGAGAUGCUCCUGGCUGCCCAGUGCCACCAGGGUUCCAAGAACUUGCAGGUGCACAUGGAGCCUUACCUCUGGAAGACCCGUGCCGACGGUGUUAACAUUAUCAACGUUGGCAAGACCUGGGAGAAGAUUGUCCUCGCUGCCCGUAUCAUUGCCGCCAUCGACAACCCUGCCGACAUUUGCGUCAUCUCUGCCCGUCCCUACGGUCAGCGUGCUGUCCUCAAGUUCGCCUCGCACACCGGUGCCUCCCCCAUUGCCGGUCGCUUCACUCCCGGUUCUUUCACCAACUACAUCACCCGCUCUUUCAAGGAGCCCCGCCUGAUCAUCGUCACCGACCCUCGCACCGACGCCCAGGCUAUCAAGGAGGCCAGCUACGUCAACAUCCCCGUCAUUGCCCUCUGCGACACCGACUCUCCCACCGAGUACGUCGACGUUGCCAUCCCCACCAACAACAAGGGUCGCAACGCCAUCGGUACCAUCUGGUGGCUCCUUGCCCGUGAGGUCCUCCGCCUACGUGGCACCAUCUUCUCCCGCGACACCGCCUGGGACGUCAUGCCCGAUCUUUACUUCUACCGUGACCCCGAAGCUGAGGCUGAGGAGAAGACCGAGGAGGAGAAGGCCGCCGCCGAGGAGGAGGGCGCUGCCGUCGAGACUGGCUUCCAGGCUCCCGGGGCUCCCGCCGCUGGUGACUGGGAGGCCGCUCCCGGCUUCACUGGUACCGCUCCCGCUGCCGCUGGUGGCUGGGACGGUGCUGCUGGUGAGGACUGGGCUGCCUCUGCCGCCGCUGCCGGUGGUGAGUGGGCUGGCGAUGCCGCCGCCAAGGAGUCCCAGUGGUAAGAGGUCCAUCCUCGAGCCCUGCUCGACAAAUCAUCCUGUGAUACUAGCUGGCUGUAGCUCAGUUCUCGUCUGCUAGUACUCACUUGAUGCUUUGCUCGAAGCCGACCUCAAAAAAGUAAUGGAGAGUUUUAGUUGCAACAGAGAAAUGGAGUUUCAAAGCGAUCGACAGAGGUCAUGGAAAGGCUGGUGGUACUCAUGAGGGAAAGAUACUAACUUUCAAGUCUGCAAGUAGUAAGCAAAUGCUGCCUAUAAGAUCUGGAGAGGGAGGGAAAGCCCUGUACCACCAGAUGGGAUGGACUUAACCGUUGUCCCGCCUCUAAAAAUUCUAAAUGAUAAUACCUUUUCUGAAAACAUGGACCCAAUCCUUCUAAGUGACAAGUCAUCAUAAACAUUAAACUUGAAGUGGACAGUAACUCAAUACUAGAAGAUUUUCUUUGUAGGCUCGAUGAUGUGAGCAGGUAGUACUAUUUUGCCUUGAGAAAUGGUUCGCUAAAUAUACAUACUGUGAGCUCUAUAUACAGAAGCCAAUUCCACUUUGUCAACCUUGCUCGUGCGGAUAACAAACAAAAAGAGAGCAUAUGCUAAAUCUGCGCCUGUGAUGCGAUGUGUGUGUAAGGGCCUAGCAUUCAGAGGCGAUGCAGGCGGUCACGUAAAAACAUGAGAAUAAACAGCGAAUACAGGGGGACCAAAACGAAAGAAACAACGUAAUGUGAAAAAACAAGAAAAUGAGGGUAUCGUCAAAGUGCAGCCUGUGGGAACGCCAGCAGUACAGCAAGCAAAUCAUUCAAGGGCUUCUGAUCGGCGACGGAUGUCUUCGUCUCCCAACGCACCGACCCAGAGGCAUCUCUCAGUAAUGCCUUCCAGUGGUUGAAAUGAGUAAUGUGUGCUCGCUUCUAAAAGACGGAGUAGUAUCUUGACAACUGAUGCUGCUGCGCGGCAGCGCUCAAAAUUGACUAGUGGUAGGGAGGUUGGCGAGCUGGCAAUCUCGGACGGCUUCUGUGCGUUGAAAAGUAGGUCAUGUGUGUAAAUGCCAACAAAGGGGAUACAAGCGACAUCUGUGCCAGUUUCCAUUUCAGCGCGAAGAUUGUAAAAGUUUCUGGAAGGCGUAAUAAGGUUCUCGAGCGUCUCGAGCGUGUUCAUAUCCUGCAUUGGCACCAUUUCCCACGUUUUGGUUAGCUUGGCAACUUCAUUGCUUGUCAAAGCAACAGCCAACUGGGCCAUGGUUGCAAAGUUUCUGUAUCUUCUGCAAUGCAUUGCAAUGUGAAUCAUUUUGAUAAUACAGCGGGCUCUCUCUUCAAUGUGCUGGGUUAACACAAUCUCGGAGAUUGCCCACUUGACCAUGAUAUUGAAUCUUGCAAUGACUACCUCGACGCCAUGUGCAUUACUGUUGCGAAGGAAGUCGACCCAUGAUCGUGAGCUUCCGCUGGCUGCAUUCUUCCAGCUCAUAUCGAUCAGAUCUCUCCAGUCAAUCUCGAUCAAAGCGUCUUUCUCGAUGAGAGUGAAUUGUUGUGCUAAGAUAUCAGAGUCAAAAGCAAGGAUAAACGGCAAGUGAACUGAAUAUUUCCUUAAGCUGUCACCGGCCGGUGGAGCUGGUGCAGCACGUGGCGUUUCCAUAGUUCUGGAUGACGGGUAUAACGUUGGAGUUGGAAGAGUUUGUGUGAAUGGCGCAGUUGGAGUGGUAUCAGGUGUUGGUAGCAACACUGCUGUUGAUGGCUUAGCUGACAGAGGCCCUUCCAUAGUCGGUGCUACAGCCUGCCGAGGAGUAGUGAGUGGGGACGAAGGAGAAGCCAACAAUGUCUCUGGGACUGGAUCCGCCAUAGGGUGUGAUGGAAGUUCUGGGCUAGAAAGAUAGCCACUUGCAUGAAAGGAGUUGGUGGUAUGCUGGUCUUCUUGCGACAUUUCUGAUGAAAGCUCGCUCUCCGAGAUGCUCUUGUCGUCCAAGAAAGUCUGAGUAUCAGAUUCCUUGUCAAUUGCAAUACUCGCCAUAGCUGCGCGAUUAGGAGCGUUCGGAUUGUACACGGCAGGGCUUAGAUAGAACAACUCUUGCUCACCAUGUUGGCCGUGUUGAUCAAGUUCAUCAUCGGCUACAGAUGAUUCCACACCGUCGCAAAGCACUGAUCGGUCUUGCCAUUGCUCCCCAGCAUUACCUGUAGGUGCGUGAUUAAUUGAGUCGGCCAUUGGGGCGACGUUGGCAGAUGACGCAAUCGAUUCGUCGUAGAGAAACGAUUCUGCUGCGACAGGCUUUUCAUCAGUCACCGCUUCGAUGGGCUCCUCCUCAGCUGCGGGUUCGGCGCUUGAGAGAGGCUCCUCAGAUGGAAAGGCUUCUUCAUGACCACCAGCUAAAUGUUGCAGUGCUUGUCCUAGACGCUCAAUGCUAAUCUCUUCGCUACCUGAUGCGUGAUGGUCGUGUUUUCGAGCAUUCUUAUCGUAUUUGCCUUCAAGUUUUAGGAGGGCUGACUCGAUACCACCGUCUUCAUCGUCGUCCGUAAUUUGGGCGAGCCGUUGAGCCUCCGCUUCAAACGAUUUACGAACUGGGCCGCUUGUCUGUGCCUCUUGGAAUGAGUCGUCCGCCCCAUCGUCAGGCACUUGGGGCUCCAGUUUCUUCGUCAUUUGGCCAACCGAGAAGACGGCAGGCUGAAGCUUGACAGUAUCAUCGCCUAGAAUGAGCGAGUUUGGUAUCUCGUUACCAUAGCCAAUGAAGCUUGACCGUAUAGAUUCAGUGUAAGUGACAAAUGAACCAACAGACUGAGAUUUCCUCAGGAGACGGUGCUGAAGAUCUCCAAUGUUCCGGGCAGUCUUUAAAUCCCCGCCAGGUCUUCUACGCAAAACCCGGAGAGGGCCAGGCACUGCACUAUCGGAAUCAUCGCCAUCCAUAAUAGAAAAGUCGGACUCAGUGGCUGGAUCGAAGCUUUGUACGGACUGUACGACUCCGCUGCUGUAGCGUCGAUGCAUAAUGGAACUGAGCGAUUGCUGUGUUCUUGAGGAUGCAAAGCGGCGAUGUGUUCGGAACAUAGCCUCUGCAGCUUUAGGUGCGCUGUCUCCAGGCCCAAGAGUCGCCACUGGAUUUUUCAUAGUGUCAGCCUCGCGUAGCUUCUCAUCCAAAUUUGGCAUCACUGGAACUGGCAUAGGCUCUGAUCGUGAAGCUUGGAGAACAUGUUGGUUCAAUAAAUAUGAUGAUCGUCUUGGUGUGUCUCUCGAAUACGGGGCUGGUGGUGUGUUUGGGGGAGUAGGGUCGCCGCCGGCAAGCAUAUAUGUUUCGGUAUAUGUUUCCAUGGAUGGCGUGAGAUGUCGACCAGAGUGAAGAAGACCAGGCAGAGUAGCCUCACCUGUGCCGUCCAUAAUGAUUAUAGAUUGGCUAUUAAUAGUCAUUCCUGCAUCGCUUGCUGGUGGUGGUAUUAGCGGCGAGGCACCUCCAUCAUACGCGAUGUUGAUUGUGCCUUGCUCGCCAACCUCGUUUAAUCUUGCAAGAUUCUCCGCAUCUUGACCUUCUCGAAUAGCAUUUUUGAAAUCUUCGGCAACUUCGGCGCCCAAUAAGUCGAUUCGGACUGGUGGCCGAUUACCAUUUUGUCUGCGGGCAUCUUGUGGAACGAGAGCGGAGCUAGGCAAGGCAUUCGAUAUCAUCACACGCCGGUCAACAGGCGAUAUCCUGAUAAAGUUCGCCUGUGUAGGGGACGUGACUGGACCACGGGAUGUAAGAGCCCGUCGAACGCUAUUUACUAGUCGCUUCAUGCCUGAUGCCGACAUGGCACCAGCUAAUGAACGCUCCUUAGCCACCACUGUCCGGCUCUGUGUGUUGAACAUUGUCGUUUGACGGGGGCCAUUGAUAUUGAGCGCGUUGUAGUCAUGGGCCGGAUCUUCAACAUAAGAGUGCCCUGGAGGUAGAAUAUUUCCACGGACGAGGCUGCCCAUAGAUGGUGCUGUGGUGAGGUAUUCUCGGUCAUGCUGUCGUAGCGACUCGCUCAUGCUGUUGCUCCGUUUGUGUCCAUGACCAUUACGACUCAUUGUACGCAUUGGAGCAGGACUUUGCUUAGUACUUGGCGAAACGGCUCCUGGAUGUUGGUGUGAAUGAGGCUGCGUUACAAGCUUCAAACCGUCGCUCUUAGAGCUCUUGCUCAUCAAUACGCCAGCACGAGCAUCAGCACUCCCUGAGCUUCGAACAGACACAGGGCUGACUGUUUUAUCGUCGUCACUUCUUCGUCGCGCUGGAGUCAUCGAAUGAUCACCGAAUACAACGAAAUCACCAACUUGUGCUGGUCGAGGUGUUUCAGCACCGGUGUCAGCAUUGAACCCUCCGUUGAAAAGCAAUGGGGACAUUUGAGGAGGUGAAAGUCCCUGGGUUUCCCAGUAUGAAGGAUCUAAACCAGGAUCACGGUUUCCAGCGAUUCCGCCUGGAGUGAUGGUGACCUCGGGACUAACCGCUUCACCAUAGUUGGGCAUGUCCCAGUACUGAGCACAUAUCCGCCGCCAGCACUUUUUCAGCUCACUGAUAACGUUGAGCUGCACCUUUCGUACUUUGGGAUCAUCGGAAAGAUCUUCGACGAUUUCAUUCAUCAUUCGGCAAAAAGCGACACGUAAGUCGUAGUCCAUGACAAAAUCGUCCAUGAAGUAGUUGAGGAUCCAGUGUCUGACGGCAACGAAGGUUCGCACGCGGACAAUCAUGCCAACUUCAUCUCUCCUUGCCAAUGACCAUCUCAUUCUGGCAAAGAGCAUCCUUGCUAGGUGAUCUGAUGGUAGGAAGGAGCGAUAUGUAAGGAAGAAGUCGGAAAUCAAUUCAUAAUCGAGGAAAGUUGGUGAAGUAAUCUCAGCUACAAGGCGGGGUGGUGUAGCAGCUGUAACUGAGUCCGUAUUUUGAGCAUAUCUGACGAUUGUUGCAUCAUCACACGUCGGUUUGAAAGUGAGAGCAUUAAAUAUACUUGGAUCUACUGAGUCGUUUGGGGUUGAAGCAGCAGUAGGCAAUGUCCUCAUGAGGCGCUCUGCUUGUAACCGGCUCUUUGAAUCAUUUUCAAGGGAGGGAUCCAUUGGUCUCCAUGUGAAGGAGGUAGGAACUGCACCCUGGUCGUAUGAACGCCGAUUCAACACUGAACCUCGACUGGACCGAACAUCUUCAGUUGGGGCGUACGAGGAAGCUCUGAUGAAGGGGGUGCCGCGGACCGAAAAUCGGGGUGUACCCAGUCUCCAGGAUGGGAUAUUGAUAUUGAGAACAGGGCUGGUGGCGGCAUCGAGGUCCUCUGUGGUGCGCGGACGAGGCCCAUUUGCUGAAGCGGGGGUGGACAUCUCAGCAUCUAACCCACGGGUUGAGCCCUCGCAAAUGGUGCUAUCGGAGAGCGCUCUGCGAUGCCGCGUCGGUCGAGCGAGAUUUCGCACAUCACUGAAGUGAAACCUCUUGCUUGCUUGUGGCGGCUUAUAUGAGCUUGGGGCUGCUUUUGUGCUGCUAGUAUUAGUUCGCUUUGAUUCGGAGGACGAGGCGGCGUUGCUUUGCGGAGAAUCCGAAGCAAGUGGUUGCCGCAUAGGAUAACGGCGUGUUCCCGAACGCACGGAGGGCCUAAGAGCAGAAACAAGAAUUAGCCUUUGGAUACCUUGAAAUGCCACGCGACC